AUGUCAUUUUUAAGGGGAGCUGCAGCAACAAUUAUUGCUACAAAUGAACCACGACGUAAAUUAGCACUUGUAAUUGGCAUUGGUGAAUAUGAAGAUGGUCGAAAACUACCAAAUGCAGAAAAUGAUGCGAAUGAUAUGUCAUCCGAGCUGGAAAGGAUUGGGUUUAUUGUAACAAAAAAAAAGCAUUUAACAUACAUUGAAAUGAGACAUGUUCUUGUCGAUUUUCAAGGCUCCAUACAACCAGCAGACAUGGUCGUGUUUUAUUUUGCCGGGCAUGGAACACAGUGGGAAAAUCAAAAUUAUCUGAUACCAAAAGAUAAUGUCGGAAUUCAUGGUGCAGAUUUAAAAAAACGUGCGAUUAAUGCACAAGAAGUUUUGAAUGGAUUAAAUGAUCAAGAUCCAUAUAUAACAAUAUUUCUGUUGGACUGUUGUAGAACAUAUCACGUCCUUAAUUCUAAUUUAAAUCCACGCGGCGAGAAUGCAAAUAAUCCUGAAUCAAAUGGUCUCAAAGCAAUGAACGCUAAAGCUGGAUCAUUGAUAGCAUUUGCUUGUGCACCUGGAUCAGUAGUAGAUGAUGGAAAAGACCAAAAAAAUGGCUUAUUUACGAAACAUCUUCUUAAAUAUAUUGGCAUUCCUAAUGAAGAUAUUCGGUUGAUGUUAGCCGAAGUUACCGAUGGGGUGAUGGAGGAAUCAAAGUCAAAUCAGAUUCCAUUUCUCUGUGCUACAUUAAGGCAGAGACAUAUAUGCUUGUGCAAUCAAGUUUCAAGUAAGUAG